AUGGCAAUACAUAACUUCGACCUACCAAAUUCUGAGCAACCAAUUUGUUCACUAACUUCACUUUCACCUUUAUCUAAUUUAGUACCAAAUUACCUCAGCUCAACCUCUACAAAUGAAGAAUUGUGGACAGAAAUAAAAUUACUUAAUCAGAAAGGAAGUGACUGUUGGAGAAAUAAAUGUCAGGAAAAUGAUUGUAUCGGGGAAAUGAUUUGUCAGGAAA